AUGACUACAGAUGAAGAAAAAUCCAAAAUAUGUAAAUUGCUACAAAGCGUAGAGGUUCCAGAAAUAAAACUAACGGAACGGUGUUCGAGCCUGGUUAAAGAAUUUCAUAAAAGAUAUGAUAAAGAUAUAGAGGAGGAAAUGAAACAAGACGAUGUGCAAAACGAAGUUUUUGAAAACCCUUACAGGGCGGAUGAACGCUUGCUAGAAGAAAACGAAAGGAAAUUGAGAGAACUCUUAGCUGAAACCAAGAGAGUGAAAAAGCAGGUUCUGGAUUCGGUUACAACUCUGACAACUCAAGAUCCUAAGCGACCGUGGAGAACUCACACCAGUAAAGAGAAGCUCCUGCGUAUAGAGGGUGAGCUAAAACGUCACUUGGAGAAAUCGUCACAGUUUAUACACCCAUUAGGCGAAGAUGAGAUGCAAGACCUUAUAAAAGAAUGUAGGGAUGAAUCUCGUUUGUCACCAUCCAUUGGGCUAAACCGUCUACGAGAUACAGUUAUUGCAGCUAAGAAGAAUCUACCAAACUUUCAAUACAAAAAGAUCGAAAACUCCACGGCAACCGCCAUUAUGUCUGAAGCUCAUGUGUUUGAUUCUAAAAAUGAUCAGUCCUCGGUAUUUCUGAAAACUGAGUGA